AGGUUAGGAUAGGUCAAGAUAGGUUACGAAAGGUUAGAAUAAGUAAGGUUCGCUUUGAUUAAAUGUCUAUUGAUUUUGACUGAAAUAAAAUAUGCGAACCAUAUAACUUAACGAACAACUUUAUCAUUGCAUUAGAAAAUAAAUAUUCGAAAAACUUAAUAUUUCAGGAAAACUUGGGUUGUUAGGGAAGUGUGGGGUGUUAGGCAGGACAUAUAUAUUACUGGCUGAAGUGAAGACUUCCUCGUUGGGGAGCCUUGCUUGCCUUAAGGACGACCACCUGAUGCUACGAAAGUUACAAUGGGUGUGUGUAACCUUUAUGCUUCAUGCGCUGACAAAAAGAUGUUGUUGAGCGUGGUCCAGAGAGUGGGCAGUGUGGCAGUCUGGCUCCAGUGUGGUCCCCAGUGACAGUCUGGCUCCAGUGUGGUCCCCAGUGACAGUCUGGCUCCAGUGUGGUCCCCAGUGACAGUCUGGCUCCAGUGUGGUCCCCAGUGACAGUCUGGCUCCAGUGUGGUCCCCAGUGACAGUCUGGCUCCAGUGUGGUCCCCAGUGACAGUCUGGCUCCAGUGUGGUCCCCAGUGACAGUCUGGCUCCAGUGUGGUCCCCAGUGACAGUCUGGCUCCAGUGUGGUCCCCAGUGACAGUCUGGCUCCAGUGUGGUCCCCAGUGACAGUCUGGCUCCAGUGUGGUCCCCAGUGACAGUCUGGCUCCAGUGUGGUCCCCAGUGACAGUCUGGCUCCAGUGUGGUCCCCAGUGACAGUCUGGCUCCAGUGUGGUCCCCAGUGACAGUCUGGCUCCAGUGUGGUCCCCAGUGACAGUCUGGCUCCAGUGUGGUCCCCAGUGACAGUCUGGCUCCAGUGUGGUCCCCAGUGACAGUCUGGCUCCAGUGUGGUCCCCAGUGACAGUCUGGCUCCAGUGUGGUCCCCAGUGACAGUCUGGCUCCAGUGUGGUCCCCAGUGACAGUCUGGCUCCAGUGUGGUCCCCAGUGACAGUCUGGCUCCAGUGUGGUCCCCAGUGACAGUCUGGCUCCAGUGUGGUCCCCAGUGAUAGUGACUCCGCGUCUCCGUACUAUAGAAUAACAGCAGUGUGGUAAUGGCUGGUCCUUCAUAGGGAUCUCGACUACUGAACAAGACGUGAACAUGUACCUGUGUGUCCUGGGCUACACCCACACAUCACCUGUGUACACCGGUGAGGCGAGGACAGUGCCACACAAAGCGUGCGUGAAACCAUUACAACUACGCCAGUGAUCAACAAUUAUCAAUAUAAAAAUAAAGCUUCAAAUAACUUAAAGUAAUGAUAAGAUAUUGUACCAAACAACCUUAGAAAACCCCACCCAGUCGUUCACAGAGGGUCGUUUAAACAUUGUAGCCAGUGAGUAUAGCGUGAGUCAUGACGAACCAGCGGGCAGACGGUGACACAAUAGACAACUUGAACAAAUCCUCACGCGAGUAAUCCCGAUGUUGCCCAAGUGUUACAAGCGUGAAGCCACUUAGGACCCGCAGAGAGGAAGUGUUGAAUAGACUGUUGACAAGGGUUCGACCCCAAACAAGAGUUCAGGUGACAAUGCGACGACAAAGUCAACCCGUCCUGAUCCUCGUGUUCGGCCUGGUCUUGGGUUUGCCCCAGGUCAUUGUUGAAGACCCGGAGUCAGCCAAGUCUACGGCCUUCAGCAGGCGAGGAUGGAGGAGGUAUGAUGGGCACCCCGGGCACGACCACACACCAGGAGGAGGAGAGGUCAGCAAGACCGGCAGUGACAGGUGGGAGAACGUCAUCGGCCGCUUCGCCUCCACCACACCCCACGCCAGGACCACUCCGUCGUACUUGGUGGUGGCGCCGACGGUGGCGCGGCCAGACUCCGUGUAUGGCGUGGUGGUGGGCGUGCUGGGAGAGGCGCGGGGACCCGUCACAGUACACGCCACGCUCACCCACCCAGAGACUUCACGCCACGUGGCCCAGGGACACGAUCUCCUCGCCCCGGGGGAGAUGAAGUCCAUCAUCAUGAAGAUUCCGAGCGGGAUUGGCGCGAAGGACGGGAGUGGUUUGCGCCUGCGCGUGGAGGGCCGCCUUGGUACCCAGCUGUUGUUUACAAACACCACCCACGUGGCCACCACCCCACGUCACCUCAUUGUCCUCGUCGAGACCUCCAGACCUGUCUACACUGGCGGCCAGACCAUUGAGAUGCGAGUGUUGCUGCUGCGGACGGACAUGACGCCUUACCAGGGUCCCGUCGAUGUUUACGUCCUGGACACUGACGGCUACGUCCUGCGGCGCUGGGUCUCCCGCUUCCCUAACACAGGUGUGGUGGAGCUGAGUCUGAAGACCCCGCCGCUGCCCAAACCCGGCUGGUGGAGGGUGAAGGUGGUCGCUGGAGGCCAGGUACACCUCCACCCCUUCCUUGUGACCAAGUACUUCAACAGCAGGUUCGAGGUGAUGGUGGAGAUGCCGUUCUUCACUCUGGCCAGCGAGGGGGCUGUAUCUGGCAAGUUCACAGCGCGGUUUCUCACCUACAAGCCCGUGUACGGACAGGCCAACAUCACCGUCUCCGUCAAGGACCACUGGGACCUCCCUGACACCGCCUUCAAGAAGCUUAUCACAGACACUGUACCAUUUGUGAGCGAAUGGCAGGAGUUCCGAUACCCGCUGGAGAAGCUACGGGUGAACACGACCUCUGAUCUGCUGCAGGCAGAGGUCAAGGUAGAGGUCACAGUAAAAAACACCUUCCUCGACGACACCUUUGUUGGCUACGCCAUAACCCGAAUAACGACCCCGGAGGUGAAGGUGCAGUUCGUGGGGUCUUCCCCCGUGGUCUUCAAGCCUGGCAUGCCUUUCUCCGGAGCGGUGAGUGUGAUGUACGAGGACCUGGAGCCCCUGAGUCAGGCCACACUACAGCAGGCGUCCCUCACCAUCCUGGCCUCCGUCACCCUCCCGUCUGGCGCCACCACCACCCUCCCAGAGAUCGCGGUGCGGCCGCAGGAGGCAGCGGGACUCCAGCCGCAGCUGCGGGAGGAGUGGUUCAACCGCAACUCCUCCCGUGCAGACAUGGCGCGUCUCCUCCACUCCUUCGCUCACCACACAGCCUUCGCCAGGUUCAGGAAGGAAGGCAUCCUGCAGUUCACGUUGGACAUACCGGAAGGAGCGGGGGAACUAGAGAUGAGAGCCGUGUACCGGGACGAGGCCGGUACAGCGUCAGCCAGCAUGCGGGGUGUCCCUGUACACUCCCCGAAGGCCCGGUACCUCCACCUCACCACCAGCACCGACCUCGCCACCGUCGGCGAUUUUGCCAUCUUCCAAGUCAGGGCCAACUUCCGGGUGGAUAAAUUCCAGUACCUGGUGGUGGCGAAGGGGACGGUGGUGCACUCUGCCACGGAGGAGGUGUGGUGGGCGGGCACGGAGGGCGUCACCACCCUGAGUGUGGCCGUGUCCAGAGAGAUGGCUCCUCGCUUCACCCUGGUGGUGGUGCACGUGGCCCCGGACGCUGAGGUGCUGGUCGACACCAUCCACGUCUCCGUCAGCCUGCACCACACCAUGAAGGUGGAGAUGGUGAUGAACCAGCAUAAGGACCACUCAAAGAGGACGGUUGAGGCGUCCAUGUGGGCGCCCCCUGGCACCCUGCUGGCCCUCUCCUGCGCCCGCACCCCCACCUGGCGCAAGCAGCAGAACAAUCGCCUCACCCACACCAGGCUCCUGAAGGCUACGCUGCAGAUGGAGCCCCACCCGAGGUCCGUGCACACGGUGGUGCGUGCGUCGCGGAGCGGGGCCUGGACGGAGCGGGUGGCGGCUCUCUCCGCCCACAACACUGGCGGGUGGAGCCUGGCUUCCCUACACCUGGCGGGCCUCACCAUCCUCACUGACGCCACCCUCGCCUCUCCACCACACACAGGAUGGUGCGACCACCAGCAGGGCUUCCUGGAGUGUGGCGACGGCUCCUGCUACCGCCAGACGGAGGUCUGUGACGGACGCCUCCACUGUGCCAACUCUGCCGACGAGCUCCACUGCCUGACCGUGUCCCGGGACCAAGAGCCAGCGCCCGACCACUUGUACCGUACACAAGAGGAGGUGGAUGCGGAGUACCGGCUGAAGCAGAGGAACUGGUGGAGGGACCUCUUCGACCAGCAGGAGGGCAGCUGGUGCCGCACUCACCGACACUUCGGACACAAGGGGUACGAGCAGGUGGCGCUGGCGGUGCCCAACUCUCCAGGGCAGUGGGUGGUGGAGGGGUUCGCUACCCACCUGCAACACGGCGUCUUCAUCCUGCCGGAGUAUGACUACGACACGACGCCGCCCCUCCUCAUGCGUCUCCAGGCCACCCCCGUCUGCCGCCGGGGGGAGCAGAUCUCUGUGCGGGUGCACCUGUACAACGCUGUGCGUCAGACGGUGAUGGUGAUGGUGGUGCUGCAGGGGAGUCCAGACUACCGCUUCGUCCACGUCGAGAAGGACGCCAUCGUCAGCCACUACAGCCCCAGGCUCUCCUCAGGCGACCACCACCACCUCAUCUCGGUGGGCGGCGAGGGGUUCACGGAGGUGAUGCUGCCGCUCGCCGUCACCAGACAGUCCGGCUCCUUCACCGUCACCGUCCACGCUCGCUCACAGGUCGCCUCCGACACCAGGACCGUCACAGUCACGGUACAGCCCGAGGGCAUCGAGGUGAGGAAACACACGUCCGUGCUGCUGGACCUCAAGAACCGAGCCACAGUGUACGAGUUUCUGGACCUGCCAGUGGACGAGAGUCCCAAGAUUACCCGCAGCAUCCUCAGGCGCUACGUCUAUGGCUCUCCCCGGGCCAGUCUGGCACUAUCAGGAGACGUGUUCGGCCCCACUGAGAGCAACAUGGUGGUCAACUUUGAGAAGGCGUUCAAGGGACGUUUCCUGAAAAGCAACGACGGUCUGGCCUUCAACCUGGGCACAACGGUGUGGACGCUCCACUACUUCCGCCUCACCAACCAGCUCGACAUGACCAAGGCUAAGGGCACCUUCGAGUUCCUCAACGUCCAACUUGCCGGCCUUCUCACCCGCUAUAAGAAAGGUGCCUUUAGGAUGUGGCACUUCUCCAAGCCGUCUGUGUGGAUGACGGCCUGGGUGGUGAACGUGCUGCUGGCGGCGCAGCUGGAGGACUGGGAGAACCUGCUGUACAUAGAACCCCGCCUCAUCAACACGGCCGUCGCCUUCCUGCUCGACCACCAGGCCUCCGACGGCAGCUUCCUCGAGACACCUCACUACAACGUCACUCUCGACCACAAGAUGAGCUUUAAGGUAACCCUCAACACCACAUACUCGAGGCUAACCUCUUAGGCUGUCA